GGGAGCAGGCGGCCGGGGUGCGUGCGUGUGUGUGGCGGGGGCCGGGGGGGGCCGCCGACGCCGGUCGUCCGGAAGCCGGGAGGAGGCGAGAAGGCCGCUCGUGGACUCGGGGGGCCUAGUGCCCUCUCCCUGCGGCCUUCCCCGGGGCCCGGGUCACUCCCCCCCCCAUCCACGGAAAAGAGAGAGAGAAAGCGAUCCGCCGGGAGGUGCGGCCGCGCUAUGGACCCCUGACCCCCGCGGGGGUCAUUCGGACUCUUUUAACGUGUGGACUGGCCGCUACUGACUGCACCGCCUUGCCCCCCCAGCCUCCCCCACCCGUCUCCUGCGGCUUUUAGCAUGAGCGAGCGGGAUCCAGCCGGGUGACAUUGUGCCGGUUGGCGGAUUCUCGAUUUCUUCUUCCACACUCCCUUCUCUUUCCCUGCCCCACCCCCACCCCACCCCCCGUACCCCAAACCCUCUUCCAACCCUCUAUGAAGCGCUUCUGAGUCUCCGAGGGCGGGGGUUGUCCUGGAUUAUUGUUCUUACGAACCCCCUGCUUGUGGUUGGGGAGGGGUAUUUAAUCUGGAGGCCUUAGGGUCCUUCGGUGUCUGUUUUUUUUUCGUGUGUGUACAUAUUUUGCUCUGAAAGUUGAUAAAUAUACGUAUAUUGAGAGUGUCCACGUCUCCUCGCUGAACCGUAGGAGUCCUUUUGGCACAAUGUCUUGUGUACAUUAUAAAUUCUCCUCUAAACUCAACUAUGAUACCGUCACUUUUGAUGGACUCCACAUCUCCCUCUGCGACUUAAAGAAGCAGAUUAUGGGGAGAGAGAAGCUGAAAGCUGCCGAUUGCGACCUGCAGAUCACCAACGCGCAGACGAAAGAAGAAUAUACUGAUGAUAAUGCUCUGAUUCCUAAGAACUCAUCUGUAAUUGUUAGAAGAAUUCCUAUUGGAGGUGUUAAAUCCACAAGCAAGACAUAUGUUAUAAGUCGAACUGAGCCAGUGAUGGGAACUACAAAAGCAAUUGAUGACUCUUCUGCAUCUAUUACUCUGGCCCAGCUUACAAAGACCGCCAAUCUGGCUGAAGCCAAUGCUUCUGAGGAAGAUAAAAUUAAAGCAAUGAUGUCGCAAUCUGGCCAUGAAUACGACCCAAUCAAUUACAUGAAGAAACCUCUAGGUCCACCACCUCCAUCUUAUACCUGUUUUCGUUGUGGUAAACCUGGCCAUUAUAUUAAGAAUUGCCCAACAAAUGGGGAUAAGAACUUUGAAUCUGGUCCUCGGAUUAAAAAGAGCACUGGUAUUCCUAGAAGUUUUAUGAUGGAGGUGAAAGAUCCUAACAUGAAAGGUGCAAUGCUUACCAACACUGGAAAAUAUGCAAUACCCACAAUAGAUGCAGAGGCGUAUGCAAUCGGGAAGAAAGAGAAACCACCCUUCCUACCAGAGGAGCCAUCCUCUUCGUCAGAAGAGGAUGAUCCCAUCCCAGAUGAAUUGCUGUGCCUCAUCUGCAAAGACAUCAUGACUGACGCCGUUGUCAUUCCCUGCUGUGGAAACAGUUACUGUGAUGAGUGUAUAAGAACAGCACUCUUGGAAUCAGAUGAACAUACAUGUCCAACAUGUCAUCAAAAUGAUGUAUCUCCUGAUGCUUUAAUUGCCAAUAAAUUUUUACGACAGGCUGUUAAUAACUUCAAAAAUGAAACUGGUUAUACAAAAAGACUACGAAAACAAUUACCUCCACCACCACCCCCAAUACCACCUCCAAGACCUCUCAUUCAGCGGAACCUGCAGCCUCUCAUGAGGUCUCCAAUAUCACGACAGCAAGAUCCUCUGAUGAUUCCAGUGACGUCUUCAUCGGCUCACCCCGCUCCCUCAAUAUCUUCAUUAACUUCCAACCAAUCCUUGGCCCCUCCUGUACCUGGAAGUGCAUCUAAUGCCCCAGCUCCUGUACCUGAUAUAACCGCAACAGUGUCCAUAUCAGUCCAUUCAGAAAAGUCAGAUGGACCUUUCCGGGACUCUGAUACUAAAUUACUGCCGGCUGCAGCCCUUGCUUCAGAACAUUCAAAGGGAACCUCCUCAAUUGCACUUACUGCUCUUAUGGAAGAGAAGGGUUACCAGGUGCCUGUCCUUGGAACUCCAUCUUUGCUGGGACAGUCAUUAUUACAUGGACAAUUGAUCCCUACGACUGGCCCAGUAAGGAUAAAUGCUGCUCGGCCAGGUGGGGGUCGACCAGGUUGGGAACACUGGAUUACAGGUUUGCACCACCAUGGCAGCCUUACCCGGUGUUUAAGUUCGAACAAGCUUGGAUAUCUGGUUUCUCCACCACAGCAAAUUAGAAGAGGGGAGAGGAGCUGCUACAGAAGUAUAAAUCGUGGGCGACACCACAGCGAAAGAUCCCAGAGGACUCAAGGCCCAUCACUACCAGCAACUCCAGUCUUCGUACCUGUUCCUCCACCACCUCUGUAUCCACCUCCCCCCCACACGCUUCCUCUACCUCCAGGUGUUCCUCCCCCACAGUUUUCUCCUCAGUUUCCGCCUGGCCAGCCGCCUCCUGCUGGGUAUAGCGUCCCUCCUCCAGGGUUUCCACCGGCACCUGCCAACUUAUCCACACCCUGGGUAUCAUCAGGAGUGCAGACAGCUCAUUCAAAUACCAUCCCAACAACACAAGCACCACCUUUGUCCAGGGAAGAAUUCUAUAGAGAACAGCGGCGACUAAAAGAAGAGGAAAAGAAAAAGUCCAAGCUAGAUGAGUUUACAAAUGAUUUUGCUAAGGAAUUGAUGGAAUACAAAAAGAUUCAAAAGGAGCGUAGGCGCUCAUUUUCCAGGUCUAAAUCUCCCUAUAGUGGUUCAUCAUAUUCAAGAAGUUCAUACACUUACUCUAAGUCAAGAUCUGGUUCAACACGUUCACGUUCUUAUUCUCGAUCCUUCAGCCGCUCACAUUCUCGUUCCUAUUCGAGAUCACCUCCAUACCCCAGAAGAGGCAGAGGCAAGAGUCGAAAUUACCGUUCUCGGUCUAGAUCGCAUGGAUAUCAUCGGUCUAGGUCCAGGUCACCCCCAUAUAGACGAUACCAUUCACGAUCGAGAUCUCCUCAAGCAUUCAGGGGCCAGUCUCCCAACAAGCGUAAUGUACCUCAAGGAGAAACAGAGCGUGAAUAUUUUAAUAGAUACAGAGAAGUUCCACCACCUUAUGACAUGAAAGCAUAUUAUGGGAGGAGUGUUGACUUUAGAGACUCAUUUGAGAAAGACCGUUACCGAGAAUGGGAGAGAAAAUACAGAGAAUGGUAUGAAAAGUACUACAAAGGGUAUGCUGCUGGAGCACAACCUAGACCCUCAGCAAACAGAGAGAACUUUUCUCCAGAGAGACUUUUACCUCUCAAUAUCAGGAACUCACCCUUCACAAGAGGCCGCAGAGAAGACUAUGUUGGUGGACAAGGUCAUAGGAGUCGAAAUAUAGGUGGCAGUUACCCAGAAAAGCUUUCAGCCAGAGACAGUCACAAUCAGAAGGAUAACACAAAAUCAAAAGAGAAGGAGAGUGAAAAUGUUCCCGGAGAUGGCAAAGGAAAUAAACACAAGAAGCACAGAAAAAGAAGAAAGGGAGAAGAAAGCGAAGGCUUUCUGAACCCAGAGUUAUUAGAGACGUCUAGAAAAUCCAGAGAACCUUCAGGUGUUGAAGAAACUAAGACAGAUACAUUAUUUGUUCUCCCAAGUAGAGACGAUGCUACACCUGUUAGGGAUGAGCCAAUGGACGCAGAAUCCAUCACUUUUAAAUCCAUGUCUGAAAAAGACAAGCGAGAAAAAGAUAAGCCAAAAGCAAAAGGUGACAAGACCAAACGGAAAAGUGAUGGGUCUGCUACAUCCAAAAAAGAAAAUGCUGUCAAACCCACUAAAGGACCCCAAGAAAAGCUAGAUGGGGAACGUGAAAAAUCUCCUCGGGCUGAACCUCCGCUUAAAAAGGCCAAAGAGGAGGCUCCAAAGACUGAUGCUGCUAAACCAUCAUCGUCGUCGUCCUCUCAGAAGGACGAAAAGGUCCCUGGGACCCCCAGGAAAGCCCACUCAAAGUCAGCAAAGGAACACCAGGAGACAAAGCCCGUCAAAGAGGAAAAGGUGAAGAAGGAUUACUCCAAAGACGUGAAACCAGAAAAGCUAACCAAUAAGGAAGAAAAGGCCAAGAAGCCUGAGAAGAGUAAAGCACUUGAGAGCAAGGGAGAAAAAAGAAAGAGAAAAACAGAAGAAAAAGGUGUGGAUAAAGAUUUUGAAUCUUCGUCAAUGAAGAUCUCUAAACUAGAAGGAACAGAAAUAGUGAAACCAUCUCCUAAACGCAAAAUGGAACCUGAUGUUGAAAAGAUGGAUAGGACCCCCGAAAAGGACAAGGCUGCAUCAUCAACGGCCCCAGCCAAGAAAAUCAAGCUCAACAGAGAAACUGGGAAGAAAAUUGGAAGCACAGAAAAUGUAUCAAGUGCAAAAGAACCAUCUGAAAAAUCAGAGUCAACAUCUGGGAAAAUUAAGCAGGAAAAGGUCAAAGGAAAGGCUAAGCGGAAAGUAACUGGAACAGAAGGCUCCAGCUCCACUCUUGUGGAUUAUACCAGCACAAGCUCAACUGGAGGCAGUCCUGUGCGGAAAUGUGAAGAAAAAACAGACACAAAGCGAACUGUGAUUAAAACUAUGGAAGAAUACAAUAAUGACAACACCGCUCCUGCUGAAGAUGUUAUUAUUAUGAUCCAGGUUCCUCAGUCCAAGUGGGACAAAGAUGACUUUGAAUCUGAGGAAGAAGAGAUGAAAUCCACACAGCCUAUGCCAACUGUAGCAAAACCGUCCAGUGUUAUAAAAACUGUGAGCACCAAGCCAUCAGCUGCGGUCAAGUAUACCGAGAAAGACAGUGAGCCAUCAGAGAAAAUUCAGAAGCUCACCAAGGAGGUGAGCCACGAACUUGUGCAGCAUGAAGUCAAAAGCUCAAAAAACUCUGCAUCUAGUGAGAAGGGCAAGACCAAAGAUCGAGAUCAUUCAGUGUUAGAAAAGGAAAACCCUGAAAAGAGGAAGAAUAGCACUCAACCAGAGAAAGAUAAUAAUUUGGACCGUCUGAGUGAACAAGGAACAUUUAAAAGUCUAUCUCAAUCUUCCAAAGAGUCCAGACCUUCCGAUAAUAAGCACGAUUCUGUGCGUGGUUCCUCAAAUAAAGACUUUACUCCCAACAGAGACAAAAAAACUGACUUUGACAACCGAGAGCAUUCUAGUUCCAAGCGGAGAGAUGAAAGAAGUGAGUUAACAAGAAGAAAAGACUCUCCUCCUCGCAGUAAAGACUCUUCUUCUGGGCAGAAAAGUAGGCCGAGGGAGGAGAGAGAUUUGCCUAAAAAAGGAACAGGAGACUCCAAAAAAAGUAAUUCUAGUCCCUCAAGGGACAAAAAGCCUCAUGAUUAUAAAGCCCCUUAUGAUACUAAACGCUCAAAUGAAGAGACAAAAUCUGUAGACAAAAAUCCCUGCAAGGAUCGUGAGAAGCAUGUGUCAGAGGCAUGGAACAAUAAGGAAUCGAGUGGCGCCAAGUUGCCUAGUGUGCCCAGCGUGCCCAGCGUGCCCAGCGUGCCCAUCCCACCCAUCCCAGCAGAGCCACAGGUAGAAAAGGAGCCGGUGACAGCACACCUCGACAAGAAUGCUGUUAAGACUAAACCCCAGCUAAGCCAUUCCUCUAGACUUUCCUCUGACUUAACUCGAGAGACUGACGAAGCUGCUUUUGAACCAGACUAUAAUGAGAGCGACAGUGAAAGUAAUGUAUCGGUGAAAGAAGAGGAAACGUCCACAAACAUUUCCAAGGACCUAAAAGAUAAAAUAACUGUAGAGAAAGCAAAAGAGAGCGUGGACCCAGCAGCCCUGAGCCAACAAGCAGGAGUGAGCAGGACCCAGAGUCAGAGCAGCCCCAGCGUGAGUCCUAGCCGAAGCCACAGCCCGUCCGGAAGCCAGACCCGCAGUCACAGCAGCAGUGCCAGCUCAGCAGAGAGUCAGGACAGCAAGAAGAAGAAGAAGAAGAAGGAAAAGAAGAAGCACAAGAAACAUAAAAAACAUAAGAAACAUAAGAAGCACGCAGGCACUGAAGUAGAAUUGGAAAAAAGCCAAAAACACAAACACAAGAAAAAGAAGUCGAAGAAGAGCAAAGAUAAAGAAAAGGAGAAGGAGAAAGAUGACCAAAAAGUGAAAUCUGUCACCGUGUAGAAGGACAGAUUUUUUUUUAAAUUGACUUAAUUACUAAGUCAUCUGUAUUAAAUUUUGUUAUAAUGUAAAGAGAUUCAAGCCUUGUAAAUAAUGACAUGGAAGACCCUGUGCUGCACUUAAAAUAUUGCUGCUUGAUUAUUUGAUUUUUACAUCAGAGCUUUAUAACACGAACUUUUGUACAGAAUUGUGAGUUGUGACCAUGGAACAUGAGAGGUUUUGCUAGGGCCUAUUAUUUUUAACCACCAUUAAAUUAGUUGGGGUGGAGUUUACUGUACUGUGAAAUUUUCACAUUUGAAUUUUUUUAAUUGCCUGGCAAAAGCUGAUAUCAGUUCUAAAAUAUCAGCAGAAUGAUUUGCUGAAUUCAUUACAACCCCGUUAUGUCACUUUUUGAUUACAAUAAAAGUUUUCAGUAAACUUUUCAAAUGUU